AUGUGGAAGGAGUUUGAAAUAAAAGGAGUGCAGAAACUUCUAGUUGGAGUGGAGGCUUUGCAGUUACGCAGGGAGUUUCGUUAUGAGACUGACGUGAAUGGUGAUCUCGUUAUGAGAGUGAACCAGAAUCAGUCUAUCAGUACGGUUGGGUAUGUGGAUCCAGAGUAUUACCGGUCCAGCCAGUAUACAGAUAAGAGUGAUGUUUAUAGCUUUGGAGUCAUCCUAGCCGAACUUAUUACUGGAGAUAAACCUGUUGUAAUGUUACAAAACACUCAAGAAAUAAUAAGCUUGGCAGAGCAUUUCAAGGUUGCAAUGAAAGAGAGGAGACUUUCUGAUAUUAUGGAUGCUCGAAUAAAAGAUGAUUGCAAACCAGAACAAGUAAUGGCAGUUGCACAUCUGGCGCUGAAGUGUUUGAGCUCGAAAGGUAAGAAGCGUCCAAAUAUGAGAGAAGUUUUUGCGGAGUUGGAGAGGAUAUGUAGUUCCCCAGAGGAUUCACUGGUGGUGCAGAUUCAGAAUGAUGAAGAAGAUGGAGAGGAGGAGGAAGAAGAAGAAGUUCGAAAUAUGAUAAACAAGGGAGAUUCGUUGAGCGUUGGCGUGACUGCUCCAGCCUUUAGUAUUGAAGCUUCAUCUUCUUCUUUAGAUGCUGAACCAUUGUUUCCUCGUUUGACAUGGUGA